AUGGCUCUGAAAUCUAGAAGAUUUGCACAAAAACUGAUUUUGGGUGAGUAUAGGGAACAAUACUCUCUCUUACAUAGAUAUGCUCAGGAAAUCCUUAGAUCUAACCCAGACAACAGCAUCAAGUUCAAACUGAACAACAAUGUCUUUGAAAGGGUUUAUGUGUGCUUUUCUGCUUUGAAGAAAGGUUUUUUAGCUGGUUGUAGGCCAUUUUUUGGCUUAGAUGGAUGCUUCUUAAAUGGCCCAUUUGGUGGCCAAUUUCUUGUAGCUGUUGGUAGGGAUGGAAACAAUCAAAUGUUUCCAAUUGCUUGGGCUUGUGUGGAAAUAGAAAAGACAGAAACUUGGACUUGGUUUCUUGAGCUUUUGGCUGAUGAAUUGGGGACUGUAGAUGGCCAUAGAUACACUAUUAUAUCUAAAGCAGGACAAGAUUUUCUCAAGAGGAACUACAAGAAAUGGGUGAGGGCAUAUUUCACUUCACAAUCCACAUGUGAUGUGAUUGACAACAACAUGAAUGAAGUUUUCAAUGCAUACAUUCUAUCAAGUAGGCAUAAGCCUAUUAUCACAAUGUUAGAGGACAUAAGAGAGAGCCUCAUGGAGAGGCUUCACAAGAAAAGAGACUACAUUGGCAACAAGGACAUUACCAUCUGCCCUAGGAUCAAGACAAGAUUAGAAAAGUCUAAAAUGGAUGCAAGAGGUUGGUCUGCAUUUUGGGAUGGGCACUAUUGCUAUGGAGUUAGGGAAGGAGCAACACAGACUAGGUAUGUUGUCAGUCUUCUAGACAAGACUUGUAGCUGCAAUGCAUGGCAACUUAGUGGUGUGCCAUGCCACCAUGCUGUUGCAGCAGUAGGGCACCCUGAGCAUUAUGUGUCUGACUGGUUCAACAAAGACACAUAUUUGAAGGCUUAUGCCUUCCCUUUAGAGCUCUUAAAUGGUCCUCAGCAGUGGCCUGAGUCACCAUAUGAACCAAUUUAA